AUGACGGCAACACCCAAAGCCCGUCCCCACAUAUUAGGCCCGAAGCCACCGCCGGCACCAUCGGGCCCGCCUCCUCCCUCCCGACCCUCUUCCCCCACACCAACACCACCAAACUCCCACCGCGAAAUAACCCCCCACCAAAAACAGCACCGCCAUCCCCAUCGGCAGCGGGACCCACCUCCCGACCCUCUCAGGGACCGCGUCCCUCAGGAGGUUGACCGACACCGCCAGCGUGAAGAACCCGAAACACAUAUACAGGCAGUGGUCGGGCAGCGCAGAGAACCCCUUGGCCCCGAGGGCCGCCAUGCUCCGGUACGGGGCCGCGUAUGGGGCCUUGUAGGGCCCGUUGGGAUCCCCGAUCUCGAAGGAAAAAGGCGAGCGGUCCCACGACGCAGCCAACUGCAGUCCCCACGGCCUGGCCCGCGGGGAGGCGAGGGUGAGGUGGGCCGUCUUGAGGUCCUGGACGAGGUCGGCAGAGGCGAGGGCGAUGGACUUGACGAGGCCGCAACCGACGAGGCCUGCGAGGGCGGCGAGAACGAAGAGGGCCACCUUGCCGUAGUUGUUUGCCAUGUUCAUGUCGGUGAGGCCCGAGGAGUAGGCGUUGCAGAAGGCGAGGGCCGGGGCCAGGGCGUAGGCCGCGAGGACGUAGGGCCAACGGAGUUGGGGGAACAUGGCGGGGACCACGAGGGUGGAGACGGCCGAGAGGAGGGCGUAGCCGGACAAGGCUGCCCAGGGGGAUGCCGUCCCGGAGGAAGACCUCGUUCAACCGGUAUAGACCUUAAAAAAAAUCUUACUUUGGAGCCACUCAAACUCUUCAUGCUGCUUUCCUUGAUAUCCUGCGGGAACCAGACUCCCUUCUUUUCACUAAUCAACGGCCACAUUAUGCCGUACGAAAGAACAGCCCCAAGAAGCAGAGACAAGUUCACAAUGUGGGAGCAAAUCAUGCCAGCUCCCACAUAA